AAUUACAAUAUCUUCAUUAACAUUUAUUUCUGUAAUGCUUACGAAUCUCAUGACUUUAUCAUCAAAACCAAACAAAAUGUUCAGACUUAUUAACCCUAAUUCACUCCUGCUGAUUUCCUCUCAUGCAAAUCAUCUAUAAAUAGAGAAACCCUAAGCUCUAAUUUCUCAUCACUCACUUAAGCAAAUAUCUUCUUCUUUUUCUUAAUUCUCGGUUUUUUCUAAGAAGAAAAAUGGCGAUCUCGAAGACUUUUCUUCUUCUCGGAUUUGCAUUAGCUGUUGUUAUUCUGAUCUCAGCUCGUGAUCUUGCUGCUGAAACCGUUCAAAGCCAGAAGAAUGCAAAUGUUGAUGGGCAUGGCGGAUAUGGCAAUAAUUAUGGGUCUGGAAAAGGCGGAUAUGGCAAUUAUGGGUCUGGAAAAGGCGGGUACGGAUCAGGUAAAGGCGGAUAUAGCGGAGGGCAAAGUUCAGGAAAAGGCGAAUAUGGAGGCGGAUAUGGCAAAGGAUAUGGAUCAGGCAAAGGCGGAUAUGGCGGAGGGAAGGGAUCAGGCAAAGGCGAAUAUGGAGGUGGAUAUGGCAAAGGAGGUGGGAGUGGAAACCACGGUGGAUAUGGGAGCGGAAAGGGAGGUUCCCACGGUGGCGCAAAUGAAGCUGGAAACUAGACAUGCAUACAAACCCUUUACCUCUAUAUAUAUGAACUGAUGCUUCAAGCAAGAAUAAUGUAAAAUUGUGAUGAAUAAGGGUCUUUUAAACCUCAUCAGCCAUUAGUGGUUUGAUCGAAUAAGUUUGUCUUUGUACUUUUCCUUUAAUCAAUUUAAAAAAAGUCGCUCAGGAAAUUGAAGGAUUCUUGGGUAAUAAUUUUUA